UCCUCGCCCUGCUGCUGGGCGGCACGGCGGGACCCGGCGCUUGGGCAGCGCGGAGCCGCGGCGCCGAGAAGCAAAACAGCCUCCGCCGCGCCGCCAGCGGUCUCUACCAGGGCGUCAGCGGCCUCUUCGGCGAGGACAACGUGCGGGCCCUGCAGAAGUUUUUCUCAAGGUUGACAGAGAGGUUUGUGAAUGGGGUGGAUAUAUUAAUGGACACAUUCUGGAGAAUAUGGACUGAUUUGUUAGAUGUUCUUGGAAUUGAUGCCUCCAACUUGACUCAUUAUUUCAGCCCAGCCGCAAUUGCCAACAAUCCGACCCGUGCUCUUCUGCUGAUUGGUGCCAUUUUACUUGCCUAUUGGUUUUUAUCUCUCUUCCUUGGAUUCUUCUUCUAUCUCCUGCACAUGCUGUUUGGUCGCUUUUUCUGGAUUGCGAGGGUUGCCCUUUUCACUCUCUCGUGCGUGUACAUCCUCCAGAAGUAUGAAGGUGACCCAGAACAUGCAGUCCUGCCUCUCUGCUUUGUUGUAGCAGUCUACUUCAUGACGGGGCCAGUUGGAUUUUACUGGAGAAGAAACAGCAACAGCAGCCUUGAGGAGAAGAUGGACCACCUUGACAGUCAGAUCAGACUUCUGAACAUACGUCUUUCUAGGGUGAUUGAAAACCUGGACAGAGGCAGUGACCAGUGAACCAACCCCUAUAGACCACUGUACACCAGCUCUAGAAAAUUCCUAAGCACUGUCUCAUUCGAAGUUACAAAGCAACAAAACAUCACAUGAACUCGUUCUCGUGACAGUGGUUGCACUGCUUUUGUGUUGCCAUUGCUAGAAGCGUCUCGUACGAAUUCGCAGAGAUGUGCAGGUAUCGAACCGGGACAUGGAAUUUGACAGACUUGCCCGAGUCGGUGGCAGAAAUGAGAAUAAAACCCAGAUCUCGCGGCUCCCAGCCUUUUGCUCCGACCACUAGAAGCUUAAUGGAAGGUGGGUAGCAGCAUCUAUGCACUCCUCUAACGUCCGCUUCCCUCGGCGUCGGGCCUGGUGCGAGCUGCUCGUCAAGUGGCGCAGCUUAGCUGAGGGGCAGGUGGGUAGGAGACGCAGCCCAUCUGUCCUCUCCCCCCGCGGCCGCCCAUCCAGAGUGGUUCCCGUUUAUUGACCUUCCCGUUGGCAGCGGCUGCUGCUUGAAAGAACGUCGCCUUCUGUAACUGGCCGACGUGACCCUUUAGGAUGGGCUGCAGGCUGGCCGGUAUCAGAAAUGCUGGUAGGGUCUUGAGUGUUCUAAACUUCGUACUUUAAGACCUAAUAUUGGAAACUACUGUAGUGUUUUCAGUACCUUCACGUUUUUGCCAAACUAACAUCCGUAGCAAUUUCUUUGGAAGUACAUGCCUUGCCUAUAGAUAACUGAUCUGUUGUAUUCGGAAUGCAAUGCUUUUAAAAGUGGUAUUGGGUGUCAGAGUGCAGUGUAUAAAAUCUGGUGUAAUUCAGUGCUGUACUUAAUAGUGCGUCCUUCAAACUGUGAUUUGCUUUUAAAGACUUGUUGCAUUGUUAGUGUGGAAAAUAGACCAGUAUCAAUCUUAGCUCUUUGAUGGUGUAGAAGUUUUUAAGUGUGACUUGCCUCAUGUACUGAUCCGUAUUUGGCAGCUAAUGACGUAAAUGACCAUAAGUUCUCUUUGUCUGGGAAAAUAAAAGGUUUUAUUGUAUCCGCAUGUAUUUUAAACGUUUGGAUAACUCCAUCGAACGGUAAUGACAGCACAUAUAAAAAUCGAUCUUUUCCUUUUAAUCAGAAAUGGUAUUUGCUAUAGUAGCACUCGUUAUCGGCACUGAUGUUAGUGAUUCCACAUCCUGUUUUGUACAUCGGAUUUCAAGAUUAUAGUGUUUAAGUUUGUACAAUUGUGUUUAUGUAAAGAAUAACUUGGUCUGAAGAGGUGAUGUGUGUAUACUUUUGACAUAUGAUCUGUAGGGAAGUACUAGAUUCUACUGAUAAUAUUGUUAAGCAGUUACAAAUCUAUCCAACUUAUUUUUUACAGAGCUAUACAUGCCUUUAUUUAUUACUUAUCUGACCACCCAAUCAGUGUACUCUGUAGUUAAAUAUUU